ACCACUUUAUUUUCUCCGUCACGUAGUCGGACAAAAUUCGAUGACGGACCUUUUCCGCUUCCAGUCCGGUUGUCAGUACAAAGCUCCACGCGUGUUUUCAGUGAAGAUGCCGAAGACUCAGAAAGGAAAAGCGGCGGAGAAAGUCGUUCAUCCGUACAGCAGGAAAGCUGCAUAUCUGGCCCGAGAGGAGAUCAGACUGAAGAAGAAAGAAAGACAGAAGACUGAGAAAGCAUCGCGGCUGCACGGCACUGGUGAGAAGCUGCUGUGGUUUCAGAGUCAGUUGGAUCCGACGAAGACGACUUACACAAGAAAAGAUGCCUGUGACAUUAUUGAAAGGUACCUCCACAGAUUUGAUUCAGAGCUGGAGCAGAUUGAGCUCGUGAACGGGAUUAAAGGUCGGCAGGGUCGUCUACACGGCGCCAGAGAGGCCGUCAUCAAACAGACCAUCGAGCGAGAGCGGGCGCAGUAUGAAGGUGUCGGGUUCGAGAUUCCAGACAUCAUCAACGCGAAGCAUCUGAAGACAUUCAGAGAGUGGACUGGAGAUCUGAUGAAGCUUCCAAAUAUUAAACUGCGUAAAGUCUCUAGCAAAGGUCUGGACACAAAGACUGACAGAGAAGAGAAACAGGAGGCAGAAAUCGAUCUGGAGGAGGAUAAGGAUGAAGAUGAUCUGGAUGAUGAGCAGGUGGAUGAGUCGCUGCUGAUGUCAGACUCCCAGUGAGACUUUUUACAUGGAUCUGGACCUGAAAGACUUCUACAGAGAAAGCGUGAGAAGACGCUGCUACUCCAUGUCUGUCCAGAAGAUGGCGAUAAACCAGCCCUCAGAUGGAAAAGUAAAAUUUUUCAUCCAA